UUCUGUAGCUUUCUUCACACGUGACACAGCUGUGCAGCGUCACUGAGCGAGAUGGGGCACAGUUGGAGGUGAAAACGGUACCGUCUUGGACCCGCCUCCUGGCAUCCGUGGAUGAGCUGUUCCCUCCCUCUGGUGGCUUCAUUCCUCCCUCCAGUUCUUGGUAGACGCACAGGAGUGAUGAUGGCGACCCUCAGCUGGACUCUGAUGUUGCUGUGUGUCACUCUGCUGGACGCAGCUCGGGAUCGAAGCCAAUGCUCGCCGCCCCCGCUGUCCACGCAGACCGAGCUCUCACAGAAACGCAAGUUCCGUGACGGCGAGAAGGUCAGCUACUGGUGCGCGCACGGCAACAGUGCGACCCGAAGAAAGGGCUGGCUGCAAUGCACGAACGGAAAGUGGAGAAAGCUGACUUCGAACUGCCACGAGGCACACACCUCCUGCUCUCCCCCAAAAGUCACAAACUCCGUGAAGAGCGAAGGGUCCCUGACCGUGUACCAGGUGGGGCAGAGUGCCAUCAUCACCUGCAGUCCAGGGUUCCAGCUGGACGGACCUAAGAAGAUCACGUGUAACCGAAGCGGCCAAUGGCAGCCCCAACCCCCUCGGUGUCGCCUCUCCCCCACCACUGACAAGCACCAAGCCGCCAAAGAGGGCGGCUGCGCUGCUCCCAGGGACGUCCACGAUCCCAACAUCCACAUCGCAGAGCGCCACGCGAACCGGGAGACUUUUGACCACAAUGAAAGAGUUCAGUUUGUGUGCGGCGUUGGAUACACUUCAGCAGGGGGCAGCAGAUUCCGCUGGUGUGUGGACGGCAAGUGGACUCCUCUGCUGCUUCAGUGCGAACGUCAGCUGUGCGGCUCUGCCGGAGAGAUUCUAUACGGCCAAUUCGCCUACACUGGGGUCCAGUUCGGGGACACGGCCACGGCCUCCUGUGACGAAGGGUACAGGCUGGUGGGACAGGCGACCAGGCGCUGCCUGAACUUCGGCUGGGACGGACGAGUUCCCGUCUGUGAAGCGGUGCAGUGUGACAAGCCUCCAGUGGUGGCCAACGCAGAGCACGACGGUGCUCCGGAGCCUCCGUACAUGUACAGGACCGUGGUGCGGUAUCACUGCAGUGUGGGCGUCAUAGUCGGGUCGAGGGACGUCUGGUGCACUAAAGAUGGCACUUGGAGCAGCACGCCUCAGUGCACAGAGGCACACACCUCCUGCUCUCCCCCAAAAGUCACAAACUCCGUGAAGAGCGAAGGGUCCCUGACCGUGUACCAGGUGGGGCAGAGUGCCAUCAUCACCUGCAGUCCAGGGUUCCAGCUGGACGGACCUAAGAAGAUCACGUGUAACCGAAGCGGCCAAUGGCAGCCCCAACCCCCUCGGUGUCGCCUCUCCCCCACCACUGACAAGCACCAAGCCGCCAAAGAGGGCGGCUGCGCUGCUCCCAGGGACGUCCACGAUCCCAACAUCCACAUCGCAGAGCGCCACGCGAACCGGGAGACUUUUGACCACAAUGAAAGAGUUCAGUUUGUGUGCGGCGUCGGAUACGCUUCAGCAGGGGGCAGCAGAUUCCGCUGGUGUGUGGACGGCAAGUGGACUCCUUUGCUGCUUCAGUGCGAACGUCGGCUGUGCGGCUCUGCCGGAGAGAUUCUAUACGGCCAAUUCGCCUACACUGGGGUCCAGUUCGGGGACACGGCCACGGCCUCCUGCGACGAAGGGUACAGGCUGGUGGGACAGGCGACCAGGCGCUGCCUGAACUUCGGCUGGGACGGACGAGUUCCCGUCUGUGAAGCGGUGCAGUGUGACAAGCCUCCAGUGGUGGCCAACGCAGAGCACGACGGUGCUCCGGAGCCUCCGUACAUGUACAGGACCGUGGUGCGGUAUCACUGCAGUGUGGGCGUCAUAGUCGGGUCGAGGGACGUCUGGUGCACUAAAGAUGGCACUUGGAGCAGCACGCCUCAGUGUGAAGAAAGAUCGUGCCAUGGUCCCAAAUGUUGGCGCAGGUUCCAGUAGCUUCCGGAGGAAGACACGUUGCCAUGGAAACUCACAGAGCACUUGGACUUUCCUGACCAUUGUACUGCAGUUCACCUUUCCUAUGUUCCAGCACCAAACUCGCUGUCUGCAAGUUGCAAAAUACAUACUGUUAAAAAAAAUGAAAGACAAAAAAAAUUUACAACAAUUCAAGUGAAAAUAUCACCAACUCUAUGACACAUUAUAGUCAAGUCUUUAUUUAAAAAAAUAAAUACAACUUCCAAACAUGUUCUGAAGCUUCACCUUCUGCUACAACAUGAAGGUCGGAGUCGGGUUCUGAAGUGACAACAAGAAGGUCGGGUCUGGUUCUGAGGGACACGGUGCCAAACAACAGAGCAAAUCAGAAUUGGAACCUUCCAAGUCAGCAAAGAUUUUUGAUGACUUUAACUUUCAUGGCUCCAAACUGGUCCCCGACCUCUGAAGGGGGAGAAAACACUUGGUUACCAGUGAAAUCUGUGCAGAUUGUUGAGAAAAUACUGGAUCUUGUGACUCUAAGGUCCUUUGAGGGAGAAAAGUCUGUGGUUUCUUAAUGGACUGAUGUGUUGUGCGAGAUGCCGAGACAAGCACACACCUUCCAGCAUCCGCAGGAGCUGAGUGUAGAGAGAAUGGUGAGUCACAACACUGCUCCCCCUGCAGGCGAACCAUAGGCACAGCAGCGCUCCAUCACCAGUCUCAUUGGCUGCUCUCCUGGACAUACACAGCAGUCCCUCACUCAUUUGCUACAUUUGUCAUGAAACUUUAUAUUAAAAAAAAAAAAAGCCAGCAGUCAGAUACCAAGUCAGCAGAGAGCCAGUCAGUUUAUUCAAACAAGACAGUUGUUCCUUCAUGGCCGUCGCUCCACAGCAGCUGAGGAUCCUGACCAGAGCCUCCAGCAGAACCACAACUGUCCAGCUGCAAUGGAGAAUGAGAAUGAAGCUGAGAGAUGGAGCCAUAAAGUCUGAGGAGAAGAACGGCACCUUUUCUAACUGCAGUGGUGAGGAACACACCACCGUGAAGGAAGCAGGACUUUCUUCCUUCACCACCAGGCUUCAGUGAGUCUCAGCUGAGUUUGACCCAGGCUUUUGUGAUGUUCAUGUCACUCGCUUCUCUGCAUACUCUCAGAUCCCAAACUGUGAAGGUCAGACUGGUCACGGUUUCAGACGGAUCACAUCAGCAAAAGCUGAAACUUCAGAGAGAGUCAGAGCAGAAGAUUUCCAGAGGCUUCAGGGGCCACGUGAGCAGCACAGCUGGACCAUGACACUGCUGGUGUUUGCUACAGUGAGAGAGGAACAUGUGGAGCAGCCACUGGUCCUCAUGAGGACAUGCUUUCAUGGAAACACUGACAGAUCAAAGUCUGAGCAAUACAGAGAGAUUUACUACCUAGAGGAGGAGUACGUACUUCCAGAGCUGCGAGGGAAGGGUUUACUGCAAGCUAACAUGGUCCAUGUCAGAGGACCAUGGAUGUCACUGUGUUUCCCAAGUUAUUUUGACAAAUCAUAAUCCCUGUUCUUGUUCCAGGUAACGUCUGACUCUGAGUCUUUCUCCUCCGCUGCACUGAACAACCUCCAAGACGGACGAGGAGCUUGAGAUGGUCCCUUCCUUCAGUGGAGGAGCAGCCCAACUCUCCUGUAAGCAAGGGAUAAAAGCGUAAAAAUAAAGUGGGGAUGUCACAAAAAUAGUGAAAGAGAAGGGUGAAG